AUGCAGCACUGCAGGGCGCCUGCGAGGAGCCCUUCGACCACGUCGUGUUCAACAACCCGCACACGGGCAUCGAGGACAUGCACCGCCACAGGUCCGCGGCCUCGCGCGUCCCACCCGAGCCGUGCUGCGGUGGCCGCUGCCGACUGCACGUGUCCGUUUGCACAACGCGAUGGCGUCCUCAUGAUGCGUGCCCUGCGCUCUAAGAACGCGCUGAACCUGGCCCAACUAUCUUCUGUCCCCGAGCACAGGAGUCUGUUGGCGCACUUUUUCCACGCAGCGUCCCAGCAGUCCGUUCUGGCCCCGCAUGGCAUCGUGCACGUGUCGCUCGCCGGAGAUCAGCCCAAGAGGUGGAAGAUCGUGGAGCAGGCGCAGCGCCACGGUCUGGCUCUCCUGGACUCGCGCGCGUUUCCGACGCCGGGCCUGCGGGGCAUCUACGAGCCCAAGCGCCACCACACGGGGAGGUCGUUCCAGGGGCGCGGGCUCGCGGGGACGAGCUGGUCCUUCGGCCGAGCCGCGGAGUUCCCAGACGUCGCGCUGGGCGGGCUCAGCGGGUGGCGCCGGCCGCCGUGGACGUGGCGCGAUGCGCCGUCGAAGGCAGCGACGGGCAGCGCAGAGGCUUUGACGUGCCCCGAGUGCGGGCGGGAGUUCCGGGAUCCACGGGGCCUGAAGCAGCACAUCCACAUGGUGCAUACGUUGGGCGUGGCGCGGCUGAACGAAGGCGGCGGCCACCCGUGCCCGCACUGCGAGAAGGACCUCGGCUCCCCAGAGGCUCUCGACCAGCACGUGAGGGCCAAGCACGGCGGGGACGCGGAGAGCCUGAAGCCGGACUGGAUCGGUAAGGUCCGGGACGACCGGCCGGGGCACGUGUCGGCGUUCGCCACGGGCGGUGGCGCCCCGGGGGCGGUGAUUGCGUGCGGCGUGUGUGGGUACGAUUUCGCGUCGAAGGAGGAGCUCGACCAGCACAUGGCCAACCUCAAGCCCGUGCAGGUGCGUCGCCCUGCGCGCUCCGUUCACGUGCGUGGCGCACGUGCUCGUCGUCCGACACGCGAAGCUGUACCUGCUGCGCGUGCAGGCCGCGGAGGACGAGUUUCUGUGCCCGGAGUGCAAACGGCCGUUCCCGGACAACAGAGCCCUGCGGCAGCACCUUCUCCAUUCGGAUUGCGGCCGUCCCGGUCAGUCUGA